AUGAACGUGAUCCGUAGCCAAAGGAUCUGGCUCUGCCUAACUCUGACAAUCGGAUUAGAAUUAAGCCUGACUAGCGGUGAUGACUUGAAGAUAAUUUUCUGGAUUGAGUCCGUGCAGCGGGCGGAAUUCGAGGCAGACAUUGCGGUGGUGCUUAAGGAGCUGGAGACACUUCAGGUGGGCACUGGCAUUGUAGAUGCGAUUAUGCAGCUUACACACACCGAUGAUGGUCAGGACAUGGACAACUUUUGCGAUAUAUUGAACAGCGUAGGCAGCACAGUAAUUGUGGAUCUGAGCUACAGUCGCUGGACGGAAGGUGAGCAGCUGGCGAGAACACAUGGCAUUGGGUAUGUGCGUGUGGGCAGGAUAAUGCGGCCGUUCCUCGAAAUGUUUGGCGACUUCAUGCGUCAGAAGCGUGCCAACAAUGUGGCCAUGAUCUUUCAGAACGCGCGCGACACCUCGGAAGCCAUGCAGCAGCUGCUCGAUGGUUAUCCCUUUCGCACUCUCAUCCUGGAUGCAAGUAGCAGUAGUGAGGACUUUGUGCGCCGUCUAAGCUUACUACGUCCUCCGCCCACUUAUUAUGCAAUGUUUGCUCGCGGCUCCUCAAUGAAUGGCAUCUUCGAGCGUGUGCAAAAGGGUCAGUUGUUUCAACGUCCUGCUGAGUGGCAUCUAGUUUUUCUGGACACGCGAGAUCGGGUGUUUAAGUACAAACGUCAGGUGGAGUUUGCCACGCGCUUCACAUUGAACGCUCGUGCCAUCUGUCGGUCUAUGCAGAUGAGGGAUAUUUACUGCACCAGUGGAUUCACUUUGCAACGGGGUCUGCUGCUAGACAUCAUCCGCAGUCUGAUUGAUGCAGCACAGGUCAGCUACAAGUUCCCACAGCCGGUAUACAUGGAUUGCAAUGCCAGCGCCGAGGUAACUGAGGACGAGGAAAAUCCUUGGAUGGAAAAUGUGCACUGGAGCAACUUUAUAGGAUUUACACCACCCAGCGACGAGUUUAACACGCAGCGGAUUCAACAACAACAGCAGCCACAACAUGAACAGGAGAUGCUAGAGGAAGAGGAACUGACCUUUGUGGCAAACAUAUCGGCUGGCUACUAUUCGAAUGAACAUGAGGCCAAAACAGAUCUGGCCAUUUGGUCAGCGGGUCAGCUCCGUCUGCUCAAUGAGACAAUCAGUCCGAGUCGCCGCUUCUUUCGCGUCGGCACUGCCGAAAGUGUGCCCUGGAGCUAUUUACGACGUCAUCCCCAAACCCAUGAGCCAAUGCGCACACGAAGUGGAGCGCUUAUCUGGGAAGGUUACUGUAUUGAUUUCAUAGCACGUCUGGCCGAGAAAUUGAACUUUGCCUAUGAGAUCGUGGCGCCUAUCACAGGACAUAUGGGUGAGCGUAAUGAGCAGGGCGAAUGGGAUGGCGUCAUAGGGGAUUUGAUUAGUGGCGAAACGGAUUUCGCUGUGGCCGCUCUCAAAAUGUACUCGGAACGCGAAGAAGUCGUUGACUUUUUGCCGCCGUACUUUGAGCAGACCGGCAUCUCGAUAGUAAUGCGAAAACCCAUGCGGAAGACAUCGUUGUUCAAAUUCAUGACGGUGUUGCGCGUGGAGGUUUGGGUGAGCAUUGUGGCUGCGCUGAUUGGUACUGCGUUGAUGAUAUGGUUCAUGGACAAGUAUUCGCCAUACAGCUCACGGAACAAUCGAGAAGCGUAUCCCUACGAGUGUCGGGAGUUUACGCUUCGCGAAAGCUUUUGGUUUGCCCUCACCUCGUUUACGCCGCAAGGCGGUGGCGAGGCACCCAAGGCGGUGUCAGGACGUCUGCUGGUCGCUGCGUAUUGGCUGUUUGUGGUCUUAAUGCUGGCCACAUUCACCGCCAAUCUGGCCGCUUUUCUUACAGUUGAACGCAUGCAGGCGCCGGUCCAAUCCUUAGAACAGCUGGCACGACAAUCGCGCAUCAACUACACAGUUGUGGAGAGUUCGGAUACGCAUCAUUAUUUCAUGAACAUGAAGUUUGCCGAGGAUACGUUGUAUCGCAUGUGGAAGGAGAUGGCAUUGAAUGCUUCGCGAGACUUUCGUAAAUUUCGCAUCUGGGAUUAUCCGAUCAAGGAGCAAUACGGACAUAUACUGUUGUCCAUCAACAGCUCAAAGCCGGUGAGAAAUGCCAGCGAAGGAUUCGCCAAUGUGGACGCGCAUGGCAAUGCGGACUAUGCGUUCAUUCAUGACUCGGCGGAGAUCAAAUAUGAGGUAACCAGGAACUGCAAUCUCACCGAGGUGGGCGAAGUGUUUGCCGAACAGCCGUACGCCGUUGCCGUCCAACAGGGCAGCCAUCUAGGCGAUGAACUGAGCUAUGCCAUCUUGGAGCUUCAAAAGGAACGAUUUUUUGAGCAGCUUCGUGCAAAAUACUGGAAUCAAUCUAAGCUGCAAGACUGUCCACUCUCCGAGGAUCAGGAAGGCAUUACCCUGGAAAGUUUGGGUGGCGUUUUUAUAGCCACGCUCUUCGGCCUCAUUAUGGCAAUGGUUACACUUGGUUUUGAGAUCGUAUAUUAUCAGAAGAAGCAGAAGGCGUUGGCUCUGUCGCUUAUUACACAAGUGAGGCCCAUGAAUAUGGAUGAUUCGACGAAAAUCGCAUGGUUGGAUGCCGAUAAGGAUUAUGAGGAGGAUCUAGCCAAAGAAAAAGCCAAUAAUAAAAAGGAUGUAAGAGGAAAGAAGGCUCCUAAACAACCGUUGCCUGCGCCAGCAAUCGAAGCUGGCACAUUUCGGGGCAAGAAAAUGCCAGUCUCGAUCACCUUGGGAGAUGGAAAGUUCAAGCCACGACCUCGGGAUCAUAUCAAUGUGCGUCGGAACAUUCACAGCGGUUACAUGGAAUAGAGGGCACCAAAAAUAACAAUGAUGCACAAUUCGAUUACUAUUUUUCUUAUAUGCUAUUUAUGCACUUGUGUUUGUCCUUUUUAGUGAGUUCAAUU